CCCACCGACUCGACGCAUACAUACCGACCUCCUCAAUUAGGACCCGACUGUGCUGUGUGCGUGUUUCAAAGCAGACUGUUGCCACGCCGCAAACGGCACAGACCGACUAGCCACUCUCCGGUCACUCCCACUUUGUGUCACGACGCGGAGAGGGCAUCGGUUCUUCACCACGCCGUUAGCGCCGAGCCCACAGACCAGCUUCAUCUCGCGGGCCCUCCCUGGCUCCCUCAAGUAGUGGACCGCCUUCGCCGAUCGACCGUCUACGAGCAAUUUCAGCUGUCAGACCAACGCCGUUUCUGCUGCGGCGUCCCUCCGAACGAAAGUAGGAGAACAGCCUGCCUCGUCUUCUUCGUCUGCAGCCCUCUACACCACAGUACACAGCACCUCAUCGCCACUGUCGUGUCACCUACACACCGAUCACAACAGCAGCAGCAGCAGCAGCAGCAUCACACUGGCCGGCGCUCUUCGUGAAACUUGGACUGCGUGGCCCGCCCGCCCGUCCGCCGUGACUUCGAUCCGAUAAAGCAGCAUCCGCGCCUGCGCCUCGUCCUCCCUCGACAGCUUCUCGCGCGACAUGUCUCCCACCGGCUUUCUGAGUAUGCCUCGCAUAUCCUUCACUCUGCCUGCCAUACCCAUCUACAUACCGCAUCGCAUCCGACGCAAGUUCCGCUCCACGCGCUCCAAAAUACGAUCCCGCGCAACCCCGACCUCCUCGAUAGCCUCCCUCGAGACAUCCUUCAACCCUGCAGACACCCUUCGUGCUCUCCGAACGCAUCAUUGGAGUUACUACGAUGCGCAAUAUCUGUUCCUGGCCGUGCUGGCCAUCUUCAGCUUAUGCAUGAUCGAGGGAAAGAGUCCGUUCUUCAAGACGGCCGUCGCCACCGCGCUGCUGACGAGCUUGGUCAUACCCAUCACAAGGCAGUUCUUUCUGCCAUUUCUACCCAUCGCCGGAUGGCUGGUGCUCUUCUACGCCUGCCAGUUCAUCCCUCCUCAAUACCGACCUGGUAUCUGGGUGCGCGUUCUUCCGGCAAUGGAGAAUAUCCUGUACGGCGCAAAUCUGAGCAACAUCCUUUCGGCACAUAAAAACGCCUUCUUGGAUGUGAUAGCAUGGCUUCCAUACGGCAUUACGCACUUCGGUGCGCCAUUUGUAUGCUCUGGGUUGAUGUUCAUCUUUGGUCCCCCCGGCACGACUCCGACCUUUGCGAGAGCAUUCGGCUAUAUGAACGUAACAGGCGUCAUCAUCCAGAUCCUCUUUCCAUGCAGUGCGCCUUGGUACGAGAACCUCUACGGAUUGGCACCCGCAAACUAUUCCAUCCCUGGAUCACCAGCUGGCCUCGCUGCGAUCGACAAGUUGUUCGGCAUCGAUCUCUACACAUCAACCUUCACCGCCUCUCCGCUGGUGUUCGGUGCAUUCCCGUCACUACACUCCGGAAACGCGACCAUCGAGGCAUUGUUCAUGUCCCACACGUUUCCAAAGCUCCGGCCAUUGUUUGUGCUUUACACUCUGUGGAUGUGGUACGCGACCAUGUAUUUGAGCCACCACUACGCGAUUGAUUUGGUCGGCGGUAGCAUCAUUGCCUCCAUUGCCUACUUUAUCGCCAAGGGAAGUUUCUUGCCUCGUCUACAGCCUGGAAAGAUGUUCCGAUGGGACUACGACUAUGUCGAGCACGGUGAAGAAAAAGAGCUCUAUGCGUACGGACUCGCUGAUCUCGACGAAUACGAGCUUGCUCUCCACGGUGACAGUGACGAGUGGACGAUAGGCUCCUCCUCGAGCUUCUCCAGUGGCAGCCGCGAACCAUCUACCGGCAUGCGAUCGCCAGUGACUGACGUGGAUUCGUGGGAAGGCGAUACAUUGGCUUCGUCAUCCGACAAUGAGUACCAAAAAGCGUAGCCACUUGCCCGCAUGACACGAUGCUGAGUGGAGAAGAGCAAACAGAAAACGCGCACAUUCUCAUUUGCCAUGAUUUGACGACUGCAUUGCCUGGCGCUUUGUGACGAAAGCAUUUUGACGAGCAUUUCAGCAUUUCAGCGAUUCAUCGACUUUUUGCCAAUAAAACACCCUUUGUGGUGUUUUUCCUUUUUUGGCUCAAGUCUUCUGAGCUCUGCUCUUUCUACGCGCAGAGCUCAGUUAUUUUUUGGUUCCAGAAGAUACCCUACAUUCGCUUUUGUGUAUUUGUAUACCGCCACGUUCGCUCGAUGACCUGGGGAUUGGAGAGGGGGGGCACCUGCAGCGAAGGAGUUUUGGUGGCAGUACAUGUGCGCAUAGGUAUAGACAGAUGCAUAGACUUUUUUGAUGGGUAAUAGGGGAGGAGGUUUGAGCUCAGCACCGAGCAGCUUGCAAAGACUCGGGAAGGGCGUAUCGAUACGUUGGGGAAUAGGCGGUCAUGACCUCAGGCCGUGCGAUCUUCGCCGCACCAGACGGGUAGAUGUAAAUACUUGUAAUGCCAGAAACGACAGUCAACACCUG